CGUGUGGAGCUCAGGGGAUCGGCCCACUCGCAAGCUGGAGCAGCGAGCACCGUCGCAGCAGCACAGCCUUGAGCCUCGUAUUGUACGACGCACUCACUACACUAGCGAUACUCCGCUUGCUACUGGAUAGCGGAGUGAUCAGCGAUGGAGAGCAGCUUGGUCGACACGGCCGGCGCCACCCUGUGUCCCGCGGCGGCGGCAGGAGGGCGCCGCCGCGGCGCCGGGAGCUUCUUGAACUGCUCGUGCUCCUCCAAAGAGUACAGGGUGAGCGCGUCCUACUCCAUUGGGCGGAUGCUGAGCGGGGUGAGGUCGGCGGCGCGGAAGAAGCUGUUCAGGAGCGAGCCGGCCGACCUGCUGGGCACCAACUGGUCGCCGGACUCGCCGUCGGGCGGCGCCGACGACGGCCGGCACCACCAUUGGUGGACGGCUCUCGAGAACAACUUCGUCCUCGAGGCCUCGGAGGACGAGUACGGCGGGGUCGUCGUGGCCGCCGAGAGGCUGCCGUCCGACAAGGCCGCCUUCGCGCGGUCGCUCGCGGCGUCGCUCUCCUACUGGAAGUCCGUGGGGAAGAAAGGGGUUUGGCUAAAGUUACCAGUGGAUCGCUCGGAGUUUGUUCCUAUAGCAGUGAAGGAGGGUUUCAAGUACCACCAUGCUGAGGAAGCAUACGUGAUGAUGACAUACUGGAUCCCUGAAGAGCCAUGUAUGCUCCCUGCAAAUGCUUCUCACCAGGUUGGAGUUGGUGGGUUUGUGAUCAACGAUCAAAUGGAGGUCUUAGUGGUGCAAGAGAAGUAUUGUGGUUCUUCGUUGGAUGGUGCUUGGAAACUCCCCACAGGGUUUAUUCUUGCGUCAGAAGAAAUAUUUUCAGGAGCCACUAGAGAGGUCAAGGAGGAAACUGGGGUUGACACUGAAUUUGUGGACGUUGUUGCUUUUAGGCACGCGCACAACGUGGCAUUUCAGAAGUCCGACUUGUUUUUCAUCUGCAUGCUAAGGCCUACAUCGAACGAGAUCAAAAUUGAUGAAACUGAGAUCCAAGCAGCGAGGUGGAUGCCACUCGAGGAGUUCGUCAAGCAGCCAUUCAUCCAGGAGGACCACAUGUUCCAGAAGAUCAUGGACAUCUGCAUCCAGAGGCUCAGGAAGUGCUACUGCGGCCUGACCGCGCACAAUGUCAUCUCCAGGUUCGACGGCAGGAGGUCGACGCUCUACUACAACGUCUCUGAACCCGAGGAUGUGAACUGCGACGCUGCCUGACGCCGGCGCUGCUGUUGCAGAGAUCAUGCGAUGUAAAUAUGAAAAAUGAUAGAAUAUAGGAAUUAUCACAGGCCGGGUAGCUCUGACCGGCGGUUGCAGUUUCGUGUAGAUUGCAGCUGAACUGAAGAAGAAACUGAAGACUCUCAGAACUUUUUUCGUUUUGGUGCAUGCACUCGCUCACGCUAAACAGCUGCUUAAAGUGUAUCUAGUGCUAUACUGCUCUGCUAUGGCGAAAGCAAAGAACACGCACCAAGAACCGGGAUACUAGAAUGUGAUUGGCCUACGAGUUCUGCUCCCAUGCAACAUUGCAAGUCCCAAAUGUGUAUGCAAACUUUUCUCUUACGCGUGCAGAGUAUAAUUGAAGAACUGUCCUGAUUCCUGA